AUGCUUUGGUUUCAAUGCAGUGCAGAGUUCUUCGCCUUGGUGAAACAGGAUGCUAGUAAUUCACGGCCUGCACCUACAUCAUUAUCCAUAAGCCCAUCACCUGUGGUUGAUGUGUCGACUGUACCAAACGUCUUGGGUCUACCCUUGACCAUAAUGGCAGCAGUGAUAACUAUGUUACUGAGCAAACUGUUGGCUCAGUUAAAAUCAAAGCAAAGGUUGACAGCUUGUAUUAAAGUUUUGAUUCAGCAGGAGCUUUUAGGUUUGGAUAUCAAACCAGGAAAUACUAAGACUUUUGGAGCUCCAAAUUGCUAUGAGUUUCAUCUUGUUCAGACCAGUCUGAUGAAAAGAGAAGGGUAUGUCCACAUUCACAUAUAUGUUUACAUUCAUAUAUAUGUUUACAUAUGUUUACAUUCACAUAUACUUUACAUCUACAUAUAUGUGUAUAUGCAUGUAUGUUUGCAUUCAUACAAGUGCAACUUACACAUGUGCUUACAUUCAUAUGCAUGUUUGUGUCCACAUGUAUGUUUACAUGUUUAUAUUCAUAUGCAUGUUUGCAUUCAUAUAUAUGUUUACAAUCAUAACUAUGUUUACAUUCACAUAUAA